GGCGCCGAAUGCGGCCCGCCCAGAAACUCCUCCGGGGAGCAGUGGAGUGUGCCGCUAGAGCGCCCGCGCGGCAGGGCGGUGCAGCAGGCGCCGCGUGCUCGUCUCGGUGGAUAGGCCCGCCUCUCCGGCUGCGUGUGGCACCGUCGGGAGCGGAGCGGCUGUGAGGGGCCCACCAUGAUGAACAGCGGAGGGAUUGGGGUGCCGCUGGGCUUCCCCCUGGGCCCCACGUCCGUCAUCCAGGUCACGAACCUGUCCUCGGCAGUGACCAGUGAGCAGAUGAGAACUCUCUUCGGCUUCCUGGGAGAUAUUGAGGAACUGCGCCUCUACCCCCCGGACAACGCACCUCUUGCUUUUUCCUCCAAAGUAUGUUAUAUUAAGUUUCGUGAAGCAUCGAGUGUUGGUGUGGCCCAGCAUCUAACUAACACGGUUUUUAUUGACAGAGCUUUGAUAGUUGUGCCCUGCGCAGAAGGUAAAAUCCCAGAUGAAGCCAAAGCCCUUUCCUUGUUGGCACCUGCUCCUACUAUGACAAGUCUGAUGCCUGGUGCAGGGUUGCUUCCUAUACCUACACCAACUCCUUUGACUACACUUGGUGUUUCACUUGGCACUUUGGGGGCUAUACCAGCAGCAGCAUUGGACCCUAACAUUACGGCUCUGGGAGAAAUACCACAGCCACCAAUUAUGGGGAAUGUGGAUCCAUCCAAAAUUGAUGAAAUCAGGAGAACAGUCUAUGUUGGAAACUUGAAUUCACAGACUACAACAGCAGAUCAGCUGCUUGAAUUCUUUAAGCAAGUUGGAGAAGUCAAAUUUGUGAGAAUGGCAGGUGAUGAGACACAACCAACAAGAUUUGCUUUUGUGGAGUUUGCAGACCAAAAUUCUGUACCUCGAGCUCUUGCCUUUAAUGGAGUUAUGUUUGGAGACAGGCCACUGAAAAUAAAUCACUCCAAUAAUGCAAUAGUGAAGCCUCCUGAAAUGACACCACAAGCUGCUGCCAAGGAACUGGAAGAAGUGAUGAAGAGAGUCAGGGAAGCCCAGUCUUUUAUAUCUGCUGCUAUUGAGCCAGAGUCUGGAAAGAGCAGUGAAAGAAAAGGCGGCCGAUCUCGUUCCCAUUCUCGUUCAGAGUCCAGGUCUAGCUCAAAAUCCCGAUCUAGGAGGAAAAGAUCACACUCAAAACACAGGUAAGUAUCUGGCAACAGAUCAGUCUCAAGACACAAGGACAGACGCAGAUCCAGAAGUCCUGUGAAAAAACGUUCUAGAUCUAGGGAAAGGCGGAAAUCAAGAAGUCGCUCUCGUUCUCGGGACAAGAAAAGAGACAAAGAAAAGGUCAAGGAAAAAGAAAAAGUCAAAGAGAGAGACAGAGACAAGGAGAAAGACCGAGACAAAGAUAGAGAACGUGAUAAAGAGAGAAACAGGGAGAGAGAGAAAGAGAGAAACAAAGAUCGGGAGCGAGUCAGAGACAAGGAUAAGGACAGGGACAAGGAUAAGGAGAAAGAUAAGGAGAAGGAAAAAGACAGGGAAGAGGUAGACCAGGACAAGGAAAAGGAAGAUACUGAGAAAGAAGGAGAGAAGGACAGAGAGAAGAUUAAGGACAAGGAGGGAGAUAAGGACAAAGAGAGGGACAGAGAGAAAGAAAAAGAUGGGGAUAAGGAGAAAGAGCGAGAAAAAGAGAGAGAUGAUAAAAAGAAGAAAGAGAAGAGAUCCAGAACACCCCCAAGAAGCUAUAGUUCCUCAAGAAGAUCUCGUAGCUCGAGCAGAGGAAGGCGUAAAAGGAAGAGUAGAAGUCCCUCCAAGUCUCCUAAAUCAUCCAAAACAACAAAAAGAAAGUCUUCACGAACUCCUUCUCCAAGAAGAAGCAAGAAAGAAAAAAAGAGAGAGAGAGAUACAAAUAACGAAAGAAGAGAAAGAGAACGCUCCACCUCCAAGAAAAAAAGUAGUAAAGAAAAAGAGGGAAAGGAGAAAUCUGACAAACGCACCAGUACCUUGAAGGACAAAGAUCACACUAAAGAGGAUCAGAAUUCAGAAACUGACAAGGAAGUAGACAGCAGAGAUACAGAAAGGACAGAUGAAGUCAAACUACAACAGAAUGGGAACUGUCAACCAAAUGAAGAAAACCUCUCAAUUAAAAUGGAAGAGGUUUAAAGCAAAGAGUGGGCAUCCGAUUCAACUAAGAAAUGAAAUCCAAAGCUUUUUAUUUCUCAGAAUGAGGAAGAAAAUAAAGCAAUCAACCUGAUCGUGUUGAUAGUACUAGUAGCUCUUUCAAUUCUUGGGAUAGCUUUGUUGUCUUCUUGCUGUAAAGCAAGAGAGCACGGACCAGUAGUUAUAACAUGAAAAGGCAAAUGCCAUCAAAACUGUUCAUCUCUGAAAAUCCAUGUAUUCUCAUGAUGGCUGUACUUACUUGUGAAAUGAUUUAUGUUAAGUUUUGCCAUAAGCUGUUACAUAAGUAGAAACUGAAAGAUGUAAACCUGUACUACCCAAAAGAAGCUGAAGAUAUGCAUUGAAGUUUGUUUAAAAUUCUGCUUGUUGAUGAUUUUGUGGUGUUUUACCUUGUGGGUUAAAAAAAUCCACAAAAACUUCAGUGUGUACUGUUUGAUGUGCUUGGAAAUGGUGCAUAAAUAUACGCACUUUUUUCUGUUGUAAAUGAUCCCAACAGAAAGGGGUUUUAAACAUAAACACAGUUUUACAGGUCUUUUGUUAAAUACCUACUGACCAGUAUGUUUUUAAGUUGCUUACUGGUUGAGAUUCUUGGGGUUUAUUAUUUGAAAGAAUUUCUUACUAAUAUCCAUAAAGUUAAUAUUUCUUUUAAAGUAUUUGAACAAUGCAUGUUACUUUUCUGUUCGUAAAAGGGACACUGUUAUGUUAUAGAUAAUAGAUCAGAUUACUGAGUUAUUUUGGGGUUGUUUUGUUGCUUUCUUUGUCCUUCCGGAAGUGAGCACUUCUGUAUCAUAUUAUCUGAAUUACAGCUUUUGUUUUCAGCCGUACUGCAGUGUGUACAGCUGCAAAUAGUACAGGUGCCAUUAUGAAAAUAAAAUUUUCUUAUUUGUUUUAAAAAAAAAAGUGGGAGCACAAGCAGAUGCUUUAGUGCCUUCUUAAAAUGUGGUAUUUUCUAGAAACGUAUAUGUGCUGUUACUUAUUUUCAGCUAAAUCUUACAUGAUCUCUAUUGCUGUUUUGCCACCACUUUACUGUAGACAAGAAUGCAAGUGAUUUGUCAGAAUGGUUGCUGUAUUCACUUGUUAAAAUGCUAAAGUUCCAUUUUUCUUUUUUUUUUUUUGUUUAAGAACAGAUUUAUAGAUAAAAGCAAAGAUGCAGUUUGGGGACCACCACUGUACAAAAGUAGUAGCUGAAGUCAAAGCAUUUUCUGAUCACCUGCAUCAAAGACAGCCCUUUAUAGACAUUUAAUCUACAUUUGGAUGGCCUUAAUUAAUUAAUAAUGACCUGUCCCUCAUCUUCUCUUAUGUCUGCUGGGUGAAACAGAAGGAAUUGCAUGUAAAGAAGAGGGCAAAAUAAUUUGGGGAAAAUUCUAAUUACACAGGAGUUAACUGGUAGAGAUAUUUUUUUUUCUCAUUCUUUGGGGAGAAAGCAAGUAAGAGAGAAUGACAAAGGAAAUAUUUUUGUCAAGGUAAAAUAUGGCUUGUCUUCUCAGAGCUAACAAUUGGUUACAUGAGAUUUCUUAAGAGUCAUUCCUUUAAAAUUUACUAUUUUUAAUACAACUUAAUACAAUCAAAUGACUUAAUUGCCUUACCUCUUAGGAAGAGUUAUUGUUGAAUACAGUACAGUUGAAAAAAAAAUGCAGUAGCAUAUUAGCUGUUUGGUUUCAAUUUGAUUUUUUCAACAUUGCAUAGUGAAUUCUUCCAAAAAGAAAAAAACCCACCCGGUAUUAUAGGGAGUGAAAAAUUUGCCCAAUUCCUAAGGCAAUGAAACCCAGUUUGAUUGUGAAGCUGCUUAAUCACUCUUCAUUCUCAGUAGGAUUUAAUGUUCUUGCCAGUGUGUACAUUUAAGACUAUAGAAAAUGCUUUACCAUGUAAAGUAUAGACAGUCAUUUUUGUGCUGUUGGCUGGUAAACAGCUUAUUCUGAUAAAAGAGUGACAAAUCUGUAUGCUUACAAGAAGACUAUGAAGGAUUGUGUCUUGCAACAACAGCUGUCUUAUUUAUGAUGUGUAAGUAGCAUAGAGCAAAGAGAUUGUUUGUAUACUUGUUAUCUUUGGUACCAUUUCACUAAUAAAAUCAAGUAUUUUAGAGGGAAGUUUCUGCUAGUACAUACUUAUUAAAGGAAUAUUUUUAGUUGA